CUUGAAGCUUCACAAGACUUUGUCUUGUCCCAGUCUCAGAGCAUAGAGAACACUCCUACCGAUCCUAAUCGCAUGACUAGAGAGCAAUGGAGGGAAAUUGUUGAUGGAGUUUAUGGCUCUAAACCAAUCAAGAAAGGGAGGGGGCCUUUAUCAAGUGCAAAAGUUAGGAUAGUCUCCACUAGCAGGAAUAUACAAAAUGACUCGUCCGCGACCUCAAAUCGACCAAGUGUGACAUCGUACGUCGUGGCUAAAAUUGGACAGUAUUUAAUGGACAAUGUUCAACCCUCGAUGUUUUUUCAAUUUAUUCCCAUUAUUACGCGCGAGCUAGGGGGUGCACAAUCGACUUGGGAUGUUGUGCAGCGCCUCAGUGAUUGUCCAUCGUUGAAGGAGAUUCUUCCUGAGUCGAUAUACUUAGAGAUCUUUAAGUUGGCGUUUGCCGAGCAUGAAGCUCAUGGUGGUGGAGAGACUGGAGGAGGUAUUGUAGGGAGCAGCAGUACGAUACGACGUUCUAAUGCAGACGAUGCUGAUAACAGGGAUGCCGACGAUGACGAGGAGUGAGUGAGACUUGUGUUAAGACAUAUCAUGACUUUUGAAUUUUACAUAUAUAAAAUAUAUAUGUGAUUUUAUUGCGUAGUGAAUGAAUAUUAUUUGAG